AUGGUGGGUCCCAUUUCAACAGUUUAAUUCGGCCGCCAGCUUUGUCGUCUCUUUCGUCUCCGUCCAUCCCCGUCGUUCCUUUGCGUUUGACUCUCUUCCUCCUUCUUCAUUCUCUCCCUUCUCUCUCUAUUCUCUUUCUCUCUUCACCACUCUCCUUCUCAUCCUUCUUUUCCUCUUCCUCUUAUUCUGAUCUCUCUGCCUUCUUCACUCUGUUUUCUCUCUUUUCCCACACUUCAAACUCUCCUUUUCUUUCUUUAACCGACAAAUCAAUCCAAAGGGAGCCAUAACCCGUUACUCGUUACCCACCACCGUUUGUUCUUUCUUCUUUUGCCCAAGGUGAGAGCUUUUCUAUUUCUUUAACCGCUUUUCGAUGUUAUGAGGCGGCUUAAGAGGUUGGGCAUCGUGACUUGAGGAUCACUGUUGCUUUUUUAGUCGAUUCGGUUUUAGCGUCUUCGGUGUAGAGGUAAGGGAGGUGAAAACAGAGAUGACUGGCACUGAUGAAGUCAACCUCAGUGAAUCUAAGAGUGUUGUUCCACUCAAUACUUGGGUGCUUAUCUCCAAUUUCAAACUUGCUUACAAUCUACUAAGACGUUCUGAUGGAACGUUCAAUCGAGAGUUGGCGGAAUUCCUCGACCGCAAGGUCCCGGCCAACGCAAUUCCUGUUGAUGGGGUGUUCUCUUUUGAUCAUGUUGAUAGAAACACCGGUCUAUUCAAUAGGGUGUAUCAAGUAGCUCCUCAAAAGGAGACUAGGUGCAACAUAAUAGAGCUGGAGAAGCCCCUGAGCACCACAGAGAUCGUUCCUGUUAUAAUUUUCUUCCAUGGUGGAAGCUUCUCUCAUUCAUCUGCUAACAGUGCUAUCUAUGACACUUUCUGCCGCCGCCUUGUGAGCCUUUGCAAGGCUGUGGUGGUUUCUGUAAACUACAGGCGAUCGCCAGAGCACCGUUAUCCAUGUGCCUAUGAUGAUGGCUGGGCAGCCCUCAAGUGGGUUAAGUCCAGGAAGUGGCUUCAGUGUGGAAAGGAUUCCAAGGUUCAUGUGUACUUGGCGGGCGAUAGUUCUGGUGGUAACAUUGCUCAUCAUGUGGCUGUGAGAGCUGCUGAAGAAGAUAUUGAAGUGCUAGGCAAUAUUCUUCUCCACCCACUGUUUGGUGGGGAGAAGCGAACUGAGUCAGAGAAGAAACUGGAUGGGAAGUACUUUGUGAGGCUGCAAGACCGUGAUUGGUAUUGGAGAGCUUUUCUUCCAGAAGGAGCAGAUAGAGAUCAUCCAGCUUGUAACCCCUUUGGUCCCAAGGGUAAAAAUCUUGCAGGUCUCAAGUUGCCCAAAAGUCUUGUUUGUGUGGCUGGUUUGGAUCUUCUCCAAGAUUGGCAAUUGGAAUAUGUGGAAGGUCUGAAGAAUUGUGACCAAGAUGUCAAACUUCUUUACCUUAAGGAGGCAACUAUCGGUUUCUACUUCUUGCCAAAUAAUGAUCAUUUCUAUAUCCUCAUGGAGGAGAUAAAGAACUUCGUCAAUUCUAACUGUUAAUAUACUACUUAACCUUACUUACAGGAUCCCAUACAUAACUAAAAGCCUGACAUUUCAGCUGGGUAAUCUCUUUUUUUUUUUUUUUUCUAUUUUUGUAUCUUAUCUUUUUCUCUUUCCCUACUUUAUAGUGGUGGUGUGUAGUUAUUAUAUAGUUAUGUAGUGUUACUCACUGUCAUAACAUCAUGGUGGUAAAUCUGAGCUUUGUGUGACUGGUAGACUACUGCGUCAUGUUAUCUGCUCUUGUCAUCUGAAGGGUAGCAUAAAUCAGUCUCGGCAGAUUGAAGUGGCAGAGUUCAGUUCAUUAGUGGUGUUGGGCUGAAUCUCAAACGAACCCUAUUUGACUUUUUCAACCUCUAUCGGAUAUUGCUUGGUUGAUCACUUUGGUUCAGUGGAUGCAUUUGAUUUUUGUUGUAUAACAUAUUGAAUGGGAACUGGAGCAAAUCCCAUCCUGUUAUGAACUUGUAUGUUAUAUAAAUGUAAUGCUUGUUUUAAGUUAGAUUUUGCUUUGGGAAGAAGCUAUAUAUACUGCAUCCUGUUUAAUAUCACAAGUGGUUUUGGUUCAUUGUGGUCUUCAAA